AUGACGAUCUCGCUAACACCGCCGUCGUUGGUUGGCGACAAGACGAACUCGUCGACGUCGAAUCUCGCGCGACAUUUUGAAAGCGACAACGUCUCGAUGGCGUCGUCGGCCGAAAGUUUUGAGCAUUGCCAUGAGCCGAACGCCGAGACGCAAAAGGGCCGCCGCGCCGAACGCGUACUCUGGGCGGUCGCGUUGCUCUCGAUCGUCUUCAUCGCCGCCGAGUUCGUCGGCGGCAUUUGGGCGCAAUCGUUGGCGAUAAUGACCGACGCCGGCCAUAUGCUCUCCGAUUUGCUAUCGUUCAUCAUCUCGAUAUUCGCGAUUCGGUGCGCACGAAUGCCGGCGUCGAAGCGCCUCUCGUUUGGGUACGCGCGCGCCGAAGUCCUCGGCGCGCUCACGUCGAUCAUCAUCCUUUGGGUGCUGACGACGAUUCUUGUCGUCAUCGCCAUCGAGCGCAUCAUCAACAACGAGCACGACGUCGACGCGAACAUCAUGCUCAUCACCGCCGGCGUUGGCGUCUUCUUCAACGUUGUAAUGGGCCUCGUACUUCAUUUCGGCACCGGCGGCCACAGCCACACACACGGUGGACAUUCGUCGCACGGCCACUCGCACGACGGAAAGAAUGUGAAUGUUCGCGCAGCGCUCAUCCACGUCAUUGGCGAUUUGGUGCAAUCGAUUGGUGUGCUGGUGGCGGCGUUGAUCAUCAAAUUCACCGGCUGGACGCUGGCCGAUCCGAUUUGCACGUUUUUGUUCUCGAUCAUCGUGUUGUUCACGACGAUCACUGUCAUGCGAGACAUCAUUUUUGUGUUGAUGGAAGCCACCCCGCGUCAUUUUGACCUGCAGGAUAUCAAAAAGGCGCUCAGCGGUUUGGACGGGGUCCGUGGCGUUCACGACCUCCAUUUGUGGUCCAUCGGAAUGGAUAUGACGGCGUUUUCGGUGCAUUUGGCGCUUGAAUCGAAUCAGCGCGCAAUGGAGACGGUCGCCGCGGCGCGUUCGCUAGUCCGCCGCCAAUUUGGUGUGAAUGUCGCCACGGUGCAAGUCGAGCCGUUCGAUUCGAGAAGCGACUCGUGCGAUCAGUGCCAGAAUCAAGUUUGA